AUGUCUGCUAGCUGUGAAUGUGCAUCUGUGCUGGUGCUAGCAUCCUUCAUAUGUCCCACUGGACUCAUAUUUCUGGAGGAACUACAGAACAUGAACUUUAUAGAUCUCAAUCCUCUCACUCCUCCCCUCCAAAGGAUUUGUCUCGACAAAGAGGGACAACUGAUUGAUAAGGGAACAUCAAGGGAGAUGGGUGGGAGAGAAUGGAAGGAACCCAUGAGAUUGGCCGCAGGCUAUUUUUGGAGAGGGAUGAGGAUUGAAGGGAGAAUCAUGGGCUUCUUUUGGUGUGGUCACGGCGUAAAAGCAGCACUGCCCAACAAAAAAGGCCACGCUAGCACAUGGCCUUUUAAGGGACGUCCCCCUCUUACUCCGUACCAGUGCAGCAAAUUUGGAUACUCCUGCUAA